AUGAAGUCAUAUCAAGUUCAGAUGACAAAAUUAAAAAAAUGGGAGUCGGGGGAGGCGGAUGACAAAGGUCAUGAGGAUGCGAUAGUGGUGAAAGAGACUGGUGAUCUGUUAGGCGCUGGUGCAGUGAAGAAGGUGUACAGGGGAUUUGAUCAAGAAGAAGGAAGGGAUGUGGCAUGGAACCAAGUAAAACUAAGAAGCUUCGGUGGAGAUCCAUUUGUUCUCAAGAGACUCUUUUCAGAAAUCAAAUUGUUACAGACAUUAGAGAAUGAAAACAUCAUUGUUCUUUACAGUUUCUGGAGGGAUACUAAAACCAGCACCUUGAACUUCAUCACAGAGGCAUGUGCUUCAGGUAAUUUAAGGGAUUACAGGAAGAAACGCAGACGGGUUUCAUUGAAGACAUUGAAGAAUUGGUCAAGACAGAUUUUGAGAGUGAAAUAUGAAAUGAGAACUUUAUCUCAGCUACAUGUUUCAAUGGGUCACAGUUUCGUCCAUUGA